AUGCAGUGGACUAGUGUGAUAUGUGUGUUAGUCUCUGGGCUAGCCACAGUCACCUCAUUUUACCUGCCUGGAUUGACACCAGUCAACUUUUGCGAAUUUGAUCAGAAAUCAGCGAAAUGUCCGGUAGGUUUCUUGUUUUGACAUUGUUUUGUUUUUAGGAGAAGGUAAAGGAUGUUUUGGAUGUGAUAGGCUAGGCUUUGGCUGAUUUUGGCAUAAAGUUGAAUAUAAAGUGUUGGUAUCAAAGUUGUCGUCUAUAUCAAGGUUAAUAUAGUUGAUAACUUUGAAUAACUGAACUUAAAGCAAAAUUAAAAGAAUAUAAAAUAUUUCAGAGCAACGUAACUUUGUAUGUAAACAAGUUGGACAGUGAUCAAAGCGUAAUUCCAUACGAAUAUCACAGUUUCGACUUUUGUGUUGGCAGUGAAGACGAAUCGCCGGUUGAAAACUUGGGUCAAGUGUUGUUCGGCGAGCGAAUUCGGCCAUCACCAUAUAAAGUAAGGUUUUAUUUUUGUUUUUUUUGAAUUUUAGGUAACUUGGAGGAUACAUAAAGAAGCUAUGGUGUCUUUUAUGUUUCUAUCAGAGCUAGGAAAUGGGUAAUAUAAUUUGAGGAAUACCUGAUGGUUGAAGUGUUUAUGUAGGGUUAUAUUGAAUUUUUAUGGUACUAGGGAUAGUUAGUUUAGAAAAAGAUAAAAGUUUUGAUUUUUGGAAUAAAAAGCUCAUUUAUAGAGGGGUUUUUAUAUUAUACAUGAUGGUUAAUAUAAAAUGAGGUGUGGCUGAUGAAAUCAAAAAUUUUGUUGUUGAUUUUUGUGUUUUUAUGCCGUUAAAGAAGCUGUAGCUUAUAUAAAAUUAGGCUUUUUAAUUUUUUGUUGAAAAUAUGGCUAAAUGAUGCAUUUUUUUAUUAUCCAUGACAUGAACUUAAAAUAUUUUUUUUUCAGAUCGGCUUCAAAGAAUCCCAACAAUGCACACGGCUUUGCGAAAAGUCCUACGACACAGCGAACGCUGCCGACCAGGACAAGAUCAAGUUGUUGUUCAGAGGCAUGAAACUCAACUAUCAACAUCACUGGAUCAUCGACAACAUGCCAGUCACAUUCUGCUUCAUCAACCAACAGAACAUGAACGUGUGCACCACAGGCUUUCCAAUGGGAUGCUAUGUAACAGCAGAUGGUAAACCCAAGGAUGCGUGUGUGUUGGACACGAGAUAUCGUCAGGCUGACGGCUAUUACCUGUUCAAUCAUGUCGAUAUCAAGGUCGAGUACCGUGACAUGAGUGGAGAUCCGAACUUUUUGGACGAAAAGAUUGGUGGAAGAAUUAUUCGGAUCAAGGUUCAGCCGAGGAGGUGAAUUUUGAUAGUUUUAUGAGAGUAAUAGCUGGUUAAAAUCAGAAAAAUGCUGUUUUAUGACUUAAAAUUUGGAAUUUUUGGCUAAAAAUUGACUAUUUUUAAGAAAAAUGGCUAUAUUAAGGUGGAUAUGAAGUCACUUUUGAACUUUUUUUUGUUUUUUAAAUGAAGCUUUACGUUAUUGAUUAUAGUAAUUUUGAUUUCAGUAUCAAGCACGACGACCCCGAGAAGUUGGACUGCUCUUUGUCCGCUCCACCCCAAGCCAUCAGUGCCAAUGACAAGAACUUCAAAGUUCAAUACACGUACAGCAUUGUUUGGGAGGUAAGAAUUGUUACUGGGAAUUGAAAAAAUAUAUUGUUUUUGGUUCUGAAAUUGAAAAAAGUGAAAUUUUAGGUAACAAUUUUAGAGUUUUGAGGUGAAAAGGCUAAAAUACGGGUAAAAAUGGGGUUUUUGGUAGAUUUUUAGGUGAAAAUGGGUUUCAAGCCUAUAAAUGGAUAGUUAUAUUAAGUUGAAAUCGCAUCUUUCAAUUUUUUAUUUAAAAGUUGGUGAUUUAGCCUAAAACAAUAUAAAUUUUAAUUUACAACUUUCCAGAAAACCGAUGUAAAAUGGUCCUCAAGAUGGGACUACAUCCUCGAUUCUAUGCCCCAUACCAACAUUCAAUGGUUCUCCAUCAUGAAUUCAGUUGUCAUUGUACUAUUCUUGUCCGGCAUGGUCGGUAUGAUCCUGUUAAGAACGUUGCAUCGUGACAUCGCACGUUAUAACCAACUGGACUCGGAAGAAGAUGCUCAAGAAGAGUUUGGAUGGAAGUUGGUCCACGGUGAUGUCUUCAGAUCUCCGAAGCACCCUCUUUUGUUGUCGGUUUUUGUCGGAGCUGGAUCUCAGCUGCUUCUCUGCUCUAGUAUUACAUUGAGUAAGUGGUUGGGGUUAGUAUUGGGGUUAAUUUUGUUGAUGGAAGGGGUGUUUUGUGGUUUUUUAAGGAGUUACGGUUAAGAUUUGAGGUGGAAGGGAGGGAAAAUAGUUGGCUUCAAAUGGGCCGAGCCGGGUCAAAUUUGAAAGGGGCUGGGCCGGGCUUCAAGCCAAUGCCUGCUCGUUUACAGGUUUAGUUACGGGGAAGAUUUGAGUUGGUUUUGAGGUAGAAAUAGAAAAAAAGUAGACCCGAAAGGGGACAGGCUUGACGCAACUUUGAAAAGAGCCGGGCCAACGCUUAAACUAAGGCCUGACUUAUGUUACAGGAUAGUUAUGAGGAAGAUUUGAGUUGACUUUGAGAUGGAAACAAGGAAAAGUUGUUUUUAAGGUUUUAUAUGGGUUGUUCUUUGAUUUUUUAAGUACUUUUUUCGAUAUUUUUUGGUUUUUCGGGUAUUUUUAGGCAUUUUUUUGCUAUUUUUUCGAUUUUUUUUGAUUUUUGGUAUAAUUUUUAAACUUUUUUUUAUUAAUUCUGCCUUAUUUCAGUCUUUGCCUGCCUCGGCUUUCUCUCCCCAGCCAACCGUGGCUCUCUGAUGACAUUCGCCUUGGUCUUCUACGUUCUCUUUGGUAUCGUGAGUGGCUACGUAUCAGCUCGACUCUACAAAAUGAUGGAUGGCAUCAACUGGAAGACCAACAUCGUACUAACGAGCACGCUGAUUCCAGGCAUCAUGUUUGGUGUCCUAUUUGUGACAAACUCAAUGCUAUGGGCCAAGGGAUCGUCGGCGGCGGUACCAUUCGGCACUCUGGUAGCACUUCUGGCCCUAUGGCUGUUUGUGUCAGUACCAUUGUCUUUCAUCGGGUCCUUCUUCGGCUUCAAAGCAGAGAAGAUCACGGCACCAGUAAGGACCAAUCAGAUCCCAAGACAGGUACCGCAUCAGACGAUGUACACGAGACCAUUACCAGGAAUGCUGAUGGGUGGUAUUCUGCCAUUCGGAUGCAUCUUCAUACAGUUGUUCUUCAUUUUGAAUAGCAUUUGGUAGGUUUGGGGAGGGGGGGGAAUAAUAUGAGAUUUUUUGGGGGUGGGGUAGAUUUUUUGUUUGGGUUUUUUGGGGGUAAGGCAGUGUUUUUUAUCUUAAGGGGUAAUAACGAUUUUUUGUUUUGGGGGUAGGGUAAAAUAAUUUUUUUAUUUGUGGGGUGGAUAAUAUAGAAAUUUUUAUUUUUAGAGCAUUGACAUAAUUUUUGAAAAUUUGAUUCAAUUUUUUUGAAUUUUUCGAAAAACUUUUAAUUUCAGGGCCCACCAGGUUUUUUACAUGUUCGGCUUCCUCUCCCUGGUUUUCCUAAUCCUCAUCGUGACCUGUUCCGAAGCCACCAUCCUGUUGGCCUACUUCCAUUUGUGCGCCGAAGACUAUCACUGGUGGUGGAGAUCGUUCUUCACGUCCGGAUUCACCGCCGUUUAUCUGUUUGCCUAUUGCGUCCAUUACCUGAGUAAACUUUCGAUUCAGGGCACCAUCAGUACCAUCUUGUACUUUAGUUACACUGGAAUCUUUGUGUUCUUGUUCUUCUUAAUGACAGGUGGGUUUGAGGGGGGGGGGGGUUUAUUACCUAAAAUUUUGAAAAAGUUGGGUUUUUGUAGCUUUUUUUACCUAAACUUAGAAAAACGUUUAUUUUUUGUGGCUUUUGUUACCUAAAUUAAGGGAAAAGUUAAGUUUUUUGUGGAUUUGUUACCUAAAAUACGGAAAAUAGGUGUUUUUAAAAUCUUCUCAAGCUUCAGAUUGACAUUUUAAAUUUAACUCUUGAGCUUUUCAGGUGCAAUCGGCUUCUUCGCCACCCUCCUCUUCAUCCACAAGAUAUACGCCUCGGUGAAAGUGGACUAA